UGUGACACUGCACAGGCCUCCGUUGGCCGGCAGAGCCCGAGGGUGGUGGCAUACCCAGCCCGUGGCCUGUGUCCUGGAGAGCCUGCCCUUCAGAGCGCAGCAGUUGUGUCAAUGGGCUCAGCUGAUCAUCGACUGAACCUGGCUGAGAUCCUUUCCCAGAACUACGGUGUGAGGGAAGAAAGGGAGGAAGAUGAUACUCAGGAGAAGCAGAAAUCUUUAGAAGAGCUGGAGAAGAGUUUCAGUGCCUCUCAGAGUAGUGAAAUGCCAUUUGAGGAGCUGCUCGCACUGUAUGGCUAUGAGGCAUCUGAUCCCAUCUCGGAGCAGGACAGCGAGAGCAAUGACAUCACUCCCAACCUCCCUGAUAUGACUCUGGAUAAGGAACAAAUAGCGAAGGAUUUGCUUUCAGGGGAAGAAGAGGAGGAGACACAAUCUUCAGCUGACGAUCUGACUCCAUCCGUCACGUCCCACGAUGCAUCGGACUUAUUCCCAAACCAGCCUGGCUCAAACAACUUCCUUGCUGAUGAAGACAAAGAGCCAUGUUCAUCUCCAUGUGCUUCCUCCAUGGCUGAGGACUCAGAGGUGGAUUCCAUCCCAUCCAACGAGUGUAAGAAGGAGAUCAUGGUUGGACCUCAGUACCAGGCCACUGUUCCCAUCCUCCGCUUAAACAGGCACAGGCAAAAAGUGCUUUUUCUGUUAGCCUAUGAGAAUGAAGAUCAGCUGCUUUGGGACCCAAACAUCCUCCCUGAGAGGGAGGUGGAAGAGUUCCUGUACCGCGCUGUGAAGCGGCAGUGGGACGAGCUGUCCGGCAGCAGCCUGCCAGAGGGAGAGGUGGUCAAGGACAACGAGCAGGCUUUGUAUGAGCUGGUGAAAUGCAACUUCAAUGCAGAGGAGGCACUGCGGAGGUUACGGUUCAACGUGAAGGUUAUCAGAGGUGAGGACUCCCUUCAUUUGGGUUCAUCAAGGCACGUACAGCUCUUUCUAGAUUCUGCACAUCUCCUCCAUCUCUUUCUCUCUGCUACAGAUGAGCUUUGUGCCUGGAGCGAGGAAGAAUGUAGAAAUUUUGAGCAUGGCUUUAGGGUCCAUGGGAAAAACUUUCACCUUAUCCAAGCAAACAAGGUCCGCACCCGGUCGGUGGGCGAGUGCGUGGAGUAUUACUACAUGUGGAAAAAAUCAGAGCGCUAUGACUACUUCACUCAGCAGACUCGUCUAGGAAGGAAGAAGUACGUCCUCCACCCUGGAGCCACGGAUUUCACUGACAAUGACCUGGAUGGGGUUGAAGUGGAAAACACGAGUCGUUCUCGGAGCUCCCCACCAAUUCCUUCUGCAGCUGGCUGCCUGGAUGCUCACUUUGGUCAAGAUCAGAUACCAAUUGAGAGCACAGAGCCCCUGAGUGUGGAGAGCACGGCCUGCAGCCUGGGCAGCAUCAGCGAGUCGGGGCAGGGCUACGAGUGCAGCACCCCCUCAGAGACAAACUGCUCCUUUGACCCCUCGGAGGAGACGUCCUCGGGCGCUGUCCCUGUGCCCUGCCCACGCCACACUGGCACCCCCUCUGAGCCGGAGCUCUUUGCUUUGCCGCCCGCAGGACCAGGACUGGCAGAGAAGCAGGAGACGUUGCAGAACUCUGGUGAGACAAUAACCAUGGACUUCACUCUCCCUGCAGACAUUAACGAGGGGUUGCCUUUAAUUGCUGGCCCUGUGGAUUUGGACAGAGACCCUGAGGCAGUGGUGGCCCCUGCUCAAGUGUCCUUAUCGGUCACAGAUUUUGGUCUCAUUGGCAUUGGAGAUGUAAAUACUUUCCUGACUGCUCAUCAGGCUUGCCCAGCACCUGUGGCUCGGUCAGAGCCUCUGUCACAGUGAGAGUCUCCAGUCACAAAUUUGUCACAGACCCAGCAAGGACUUUGACCUGACUGAGUGAAAUUCUGGAACUUCCACUGUCCUGUAGGGGCAGUUUGGAGCUGUUGGUCGGAAUCCGUCUUUCCAUCCUCCUUGAUCCAAGGCUACAGUGAAACCAAACACCUUUCUGCUCCAGUGUAUCCUGAUACAAUCGUGCAAAGUGGUGGCUGGCUUUCCUGAGUGGGGAGGUCCAUCACCCCCCUCCUACGUUGACCAUGUGUCACCCCAGGUGAUGCCAGUCCGCUCAGAGAGUCCCUGCCUCGGGACAGGGGACAUGUCCCUUGGUCCCAGUGGGACAGUCUGAGGGCAGAGGUGCUUUGAGAAGAGGGAUGUGUUGCCAUCAUGGUGAGGGUGCAAUCUGGGGGUGCAAGAUCUUGGGAGUUUCCUGCAGAGAUGGGCACGGUGAUGCCAAGGGAGGCUGAUGAGUCUUGGCCCUUCUCCCCCAGGCAGAGUGUAGGAGCCACUCACCCUGUCCUUUUCCCAGCAGCCAUGGGUCAUGACAGGCAGGCACCCAACUGCUUCCCCCUCCAGCAGCCACGUGUUCCUUCCUCCACCAGCUGCAGGUGGGACGUGGCCUGGCCCAGCCCUUGGGCAGAAGUGUCAGGUCUUGGAAAGGGAUCCAGCAUCGUGUGUACUCGAGUCCUUCUCACCUUCCCGUGCCGUGCUGGGCCAGGGAGAACUUCUGUGGGGAGUUACAGGAGUUUCUAGACUCACAGUGAUGCUGGCCCAGAGCUGUGGUGCUGCUGCUGGCAGGGGAUGACCUGAUCUUCACUAAGACACAAAGAGGGUAAAAAUGUGGGUGAAAACACCUGCAACUUCCCGGUUUGUUCCAACAAUUUGUCAGCAGAGGGAGGAGGCUGCUUAGCUCCCAGGGUGUGAAUCCUGGGAUAUGAAUGCUAGCACAGUCCCAGGCAGGGGAGCACAGCAUCCCUGGGCAUCCCUGCCCCUCCCUGUGUCACAAAACAGGCUGUUCUGAGAGGAAAGUGUGGCUUUUCUGCCACAUUCAGGGAGGUGCGAGGUGCUGUGCAGAGCCAUGGGAGCCUGUCCUUGGGUGUGCUGGAAUCCAAAGCUGCUUCACUUCCCAGGUGUGUUCCAGGACUGGGCUUGGCCACUGGCUCAGUGUGUUCUCAUUCCCCUUUUUCCAUGCAGGAAAUGCUCUCCACUCACCUGCUGGGCAAGGCUCUGGUGCAGAUAGUCCUUUUUUCCAGCUGUGUUCUUACAUUGAGAAGGGGCUUGGGUUGAGGGUUUUUGCUUGUUUUGGUAGAGGCCUUGGGGCUGUGAUUGUGCACUUGGCUCUGCUGCCAGUGAAUUUGGCAGGUACCUAAACCCACAAGCCUGCAUCCUCCUUUUACCUGGCCCUGGGAAGUUGUGCUCAGCCCUGCAGCAGGAGCAUGGAGACAGCAUCAAACAGCUCCAUGGGAUGUCAGGAUUAGACCUGAUCUCAUCUCCUAAGCCCCAGAUCUGGUUUGUGUGCUUUAGCAGGGAUUUGCUUCGGUCUCCAGCUCUGUGCUGGGAGGUACUGAGCCCCAGGCACAUGCAGCUGCCUUCACCUGGCAUGGCUUUGUCAGCCAGAUGUGGUGGGCAGGGGCCUCUCCUCCAGCUGCUCCCAGCUGCUGGGAACAGAAAGCAAACACGAGUGCCUGAUCCAUAGUGGGACUGCCCAGGCUGUGAUUCCCCUUUUCUGGAGGUGAGAGGACUCUCCUUGGCUGAAGGGAGGAGAGGAGGCAGGGUGAGAGCACAGGCAGCCCUCCCAGGGAGGGCCAGGCCUUGGCAUCUCCUCCAUCAGCUGAGAACAUUCUUAUUUUCCCUGAAACCAUUUUUUCUUUUGGUUUAUUUCAAGCCCUAGUAAAAGGAGAGGGGAGCUGGCUGAGGCAGAAAUCUCUUCAUGUCCUUCAGUGUUGUUUACAGAUUUGCAUGGGGUCUUUCAACAUGAGUGCGGCGCUUUUUCCACGUAAUUUUGAGGAGAGGGGUGAAAAAGGCUGGAACAGGGAGGGGGAGUCACUGGGGGAGGAGGUUUGGUUCUGGUUUGUUUUUUUUUUCUUGGGGUUUUCUUUUUUCCUUCUUACAAAGCACAUUCACUUUGAGCCGCUCCCAAUGCUGGACUCUUUUCUCCCUCGCCCCCCAGCCCUACACUGUGAAGUGACACUGCCUUGAAGACCCCUCACCAUUAUUUAUUUAAUUAAAAACCUAAUUUGAAAGUGAGCCAGAAGUCUGUCUUCUUUUUGGAGGCCAAGAUGACACAGUCCAGUGUAUAAUGAUGGCAAAGCAAGAAUAGGGGUCCCUGCCUCUGCUGUCUGGUGCUCUCCUGCCAUCCACAAGUGCUCUCCUCCAGGCAGGGUAGGAUUCCCUGUUCCAGGGAAGCCAUCCCAGCCUAGGAGGAGGCCCAGAGAUUUUCCCUUUCAGGACUGCAGGUGGAGGGAGCUGUUUGUUCCUCUUGCAGGUGCCCCAAGUCCUCUAAAACCCUGGCAGCCUUUGCCAGCUCUGGGGUGUUGAGAGACAGGGGUGCAUCCAAACUUCAACCAGAAAAAGCUCCUGGAGGCAAGAGGAGCGAUCCUGCUGCAACUGCAUCGUGUUUCCCCUCCACACAGUCCCUCUGUUCCAUCACAGAAUCCUGAAAUUCUCUUCUUGUGCCUGGCUCUGGCUGUCUGUCCCGGGAGCCUGAGGGCUCCAGCUGUGCAGCCCCGCAGCUCUGCCCCACAGCGGUGAGUACCAGGGUGGGCAGGCGGGCACAGCCCAGGGCAGGAGGGAUGGGAGCGGCUCUCCUCCUUCCUUCGAGGCCCCGAGGAGCAGCGGGAAGCGCGGUCCCUCCCCUCACUUGCAUCCUUUGACACAAAACAGGUUUCAGCCCUGUGUGACCCCAGCUGUUUCCGAGGUGGUGAGAGCAGCAGGACCGGAGCCCCUGAGAUGUGCAGCCCCCCGGGCGAGGGUCCGGGCGGGAUCCCGCAGUUCCUGGGCUCCGGGGCAGGGUCCGGGCCGG